AUUCCAGUACAAACAUGGUUCGAUGAUGCGAACGAUGUUGAAUUGUUAGAUAUAAUCCCAGUUCUGGAACAGCUUGCUGAAGUGGAUAGUAUUUAUACGGUGCUAAGAAACAGUAACGAUGAUAUGCGACGAAGUAUUUUGUCGGAGCAAAUUGAAACCACUAGGUCAUCUUGAAAUGCACUAUUUACUGGUGAUUUGUGUGUUAAUAUUUUCGAGGCAGGUGUUAUUAAUGUGUUCCUGGCUAAAGUUCGAUUAUCAUGGAUAAGCAUUUUAAAGUCGUAG